AUGGCGAUAAUAGAAUUUGUGCGUAUUUUAUCGUCUAGGUUAAUUGAUAUAGAUCAGAUCGUACUUGUAAUUAGAAUCUUACUUAUUUUGAUAGAUGCUGAAGUUCUUAAACUUCUGGUAGACCGGGAAAGCGAGAGGCGAAGUAUAGCUACGAUUAAUGAAGAACAAGAACAUAACGAAUCAAAAGAAUCUAUAAUCUGUGUAGAUACACCUAUAGUAGACGAAGCCAAGAAAGAAUCUUAUAUUUGGCCAGAUGAGGCAGUUCUUUUAUUUCUGGAGAUUUACCGAAAUAAAGAGCCUACUUUUGCUUUGGGUCUGAAACGUUAUAACAAAAUAUGGUUAGAAAUUGCCAAUGAAAUGAAGAUGGCAAACUAUAAUGUCACUGUUGUUCAAUGUCAAAAUAAAAUGUCAGGACUAAAAAGAACUUAUAAAAAUAUAAGUGACAGCAACAAAAAGUCAGGUAACCAUUCAAGUUCUUGGGCCUUUUACUCUGCUAUGGAUUCAAUAUUUGGAGAAAAGGCAUGGGUAGCACCUAUAUCAACAGCUAGCAGCGAUGAUCUAUGCUUUCCAAGCACUUCAUCCACCUUGUCAGAAAUAUCAGUAGAUGAACAAAAACCAAAGAAAAGGCGAGUGGAAUCUAUUUUGGAAUCGUUCAUCACAGAAAUGAAAAAAGAUAAGCAGAAGCAGAGGGAUGAGAGAGAACAGCGAAGAGUUGAGAAAAAAGCAGAAAAGGAAGAAGGACAGAAGCAGAUUGUACAAGAGCAGUGGAAAAUGCAUCAAGACAAAGUGAAGUUGCAGCAAUCUUUAAUUGAAGUACUCAGUAAAGUUGUUGAACGCAAAAAGGAAGAAGUUACAGAAGAGUAUGCAGAUGUUGUGCAUUACACAGCAUGCAAUAAUAAACUGUGGUAUCUUAGUGAUAUCAGUGAGAGGCAGACAAAGAUUGAGUCGAGCAAAAUUCGAAAUCUCACUUUCAAAAGUCCAAAGGCUCUUUCAAUGGGCAUGCGAGUAGAUGAUAAGCAAUAAUUGAAGUUCUUUUGCCUUGCAGUAAGGUGCCCAUUAUCUCUAAAUGGUACCAUGACAUGUGGAUGAACCGAAUAUGCUGCAUCUCCAAUAAGGUGAGAAUUCAAAGGAAAAUACUCAUCCGGUCUCUGAAUGAACUCGGCUAGAGAAGAGUUCCUAAACACUCGUGCAUCAUGCACUGAUCCUACAUGGCCGGCAUAGCAAUGAGUGAACAGACUUCGAGCAUCACAUACAGCUUGAAGAGUAUCCUGGAACAACGCGUUCUACAUAAUCGGUCAACUUUUCUAUUGGAUGAUUUGCACCCC